CCUCCGGUGCCUCAGCAAAACCCUUCCGGGUGGGGGCGGCCCUGGCGGGCGGGUCUCGCGCCUGAGGCCGCGACAGUAGGAGCGCGGCGGUGAAGGAGCGCAGCGGCGCUAGGGCCGCGCCGGGCACUGACGGGGGUCUCGCUCCCCCCAGGACGGCGCGGGAGCAGUGGGGCCUCGCCCUUCACCUGAGGCGGGACGGGGCUAUGCGAGGGCCGCGGUGCCGCCUGCCCUAGGCCCGGGCCCGGCGGGGAGCGGCGAGCGGGGCCCGAUGCGGGAGUACAAGGUGGUAGUGUUGGGCAGCGGGGGCGUGGGGAAGUCCGCCCUGACAGUGCAGUUCGUCACCGGGACCUUCAUCGAGAAGUACGACCCCACCAUUGAGGACUUCUACCGCAAGGAGAUCGAGGUGGACUCGUCCCCCUCGGUGCUGGAGAUCCUGGACACGGCGGGCACCGAGCAGUUUGCCUCCAUGCGCGACCUCUACAUCAAGAACGGGCAGGGAUUCAUCCUCGUCUACAGCCUAGUCAACCAGCAGUCCUUCCAGGACAUCAAGCCGAUGAGGGACCAGAUUGUCCGGGUGAAGAGAUACGAGAAAGUUCCUCUGAUCCUAGUGGGGAAUAAAGUGGAUCUGGAGUCGGAGAGGGAAGUCUUAUCUGCAGAAGGCAGAGCCCUGGCUCAAGAGUGGGGCUGUCCCUUCAUGGAGACAUCAGCCAAGAGCAAAACAAUGGUGGAUGAACUGUUUGCUGAGAUUGUCAGGCAAAUGAACUAUGCCUCCCUGCCUGAAAAACAAGAUCAGUGUUGUACAACUUGCAUCGUCCAGUGAGAGAAAUUAAGAAAAACCUCAACCAUGGCCAUACAGAGCAGAUAAAACUUAGAGGAAACUUGCACAGAUGCUGCUUAGAAGAACUUUCAGCCCAGGUUGCAGAGCUGAGCCUUGGUAAACCUGUCUCUAUUACAGCACAUUGUCAUACAUCUAAGUGUAUAAGGUUGGUGGCCUCCAGGAUCCGCACCCCUUAAUGAGAAUGCUUAGCAUGUUUACCAUAAGUUUUAAAAUCUGUUCUUUAUCUAUCAGUUCUUUUUUUAGCUUUCUAAGUUCAUAUAUAUGCAAGAGUUCAUUUUUAAUAUUUUGAUUUCUUUAAUCAACUCUGAACUUGUAUUUAUUAAAUAUUAAACUCAGUAUUACCUACUCAAUGCCUUUUAAAAUAAGAGAGUUUUAAUGGAGAAUAAAUUGAGCCUUAAACAAAUGGUUACUUCUGUAUAUUACCUCACAUCAGUGCUUAUUUCUCUUUGCAAGGUUUUCUCCUACAAUGUAGUUGGUCAUUCUUUGAGACUUUUUGUUUACGUGUGACAGUGUCAUGGAAAGAUACUGAAGGCACCUCUGUUGUAUGGAUGUAGUAUCCCUUUUCUUAGCAAAUGCAGCUGUGACAAUGUGUUUGUAACCAGUCCAAUUUGACAGUAGGGAUUACUUGGAAUGGGAUAUAAAGUCUCCAGCUGAUGUUUCUCGCAAUCUUGGGUUUCUUAAUUGAAUGUGACAAUUGUAGCAUUGAAAAACAGCAGCACACUUUUCCUUCUACCGAGUUUCUGAACUUGCGUGUUUACAAAGUGCUUCUUUAUGCCUUUGAAAAGGGAUAAUGUAUCCUUCAAAAUGGGCUCUAUGCCUACUCUGUCAGCUCAGCUUUGCCUGGCACAGUAAGACAUUUAGUAGACCUCUGCAUAUGUAAAUCUAAUGCAAAUAAGAUCACUUUACAUUUUAUAGUUCCUAAUAUUUGUCUUUCUGAAUAAUAUUUUUAAGCAAUAUUUGUUGAAGUUUUUCUUGCACUGUCAAAAAUUGCUUUUUAGUUUUUUUUCCCCAGUAAACAAGUUUAAUAUUAGAGACAAGCUGGUGUAACAAGGGUAAAAGCACCAGGUUUCAGUGAUACUAACUGCAAGCGUGCUUUAAACAGCCAUUGCCUUCCUUAUUGUUUACCUAAUCAACAUUUUCUCUGAAUACUUGAAAAUUUUAACAAUAACACAGGUAUAAAGAGCAGAAUGAAAAUGUACAAAGAACAGUAAAAAAAUCUUUUUGUUCACCUUUAUUAACGUGUUGCAUACAUGAGAGCUUUUUCUAGCAGUGGUUUAAAAUGUGUAAUUUUUUUGCAGAAAUUUAACUGCAGCUAACCUACUGCACCAAAGUUCUAGGUUUUUAGGAGCCCAGCUUUAGUCAUUUGAACAUGCUUCUAGAAAUGUACAUUCUUUCCCUGUAAUAGCUAAAUAUCUAUGAGAAAAGCUCCAGUAAAAGCAGUGAUGGAUAUAUGAGGUUAAGCAGUUGAAAACUGACAAAUUGUAUUGUGGAUGAUGGCAUUUAAAACAAUAAAAGAUCACCAGUACAGUAUCUCAAUAUUAAUGUGUUUUAUUGGUAAUAAUGCAGGCUGACUUUACAAUAUUAGCAGAAAUAAAGAUUCUGUGUCUACAUUCAGUGUUGAAUUUGAAUCCUGAAAAGGACACUAGGAUUUCUGCCUGGUUAUUGAAACACCUGAUUCUUUUUAUGUAGGAUUACUUGAAAUAUUUUUUCCUGUUUGUACAAACUUUAUAAACAGGCUGAGGCUAAUACUUAGGUUUGCACUUUAAUAUCAGAAUUAAACCAAACCUUGUAUUCAAAGUAGAUUUUUUAAAGUGAUGGUUGUUUAUCUUUUUUGUAGGUUGUAAGGAAGUAAUAGGAUAGGAAAGUAAUUCAUAAAGGUCCUAGGGUUUUUUUGUCUAAGAAGGAAAAAGUUGGUUGAUAUUGAUCAGUGGUUCAUUCCUAUAGGUAGUUUUCAAAGCAGUGUUCAUUUUCAUUGACCUCAGCAAGAAAAAAGAAAAAAAACCCCACAAAAAACCAAACAGAUAAAAAAAACCUUUAAACUUGAACCAGCUUAGAGUGACAGGACUGGGAAAAUGAGAGAUGGUUUUUCAGCACACUUUGGGGGGAAAAAGGGACCAAAAGUUUAUUUAGGCUUCCUCAAUAGUUUGCAUGUGAAGUUGCUUAUUAGAGUAAGAGGCUAAUAAUAAAUGCAGUAUGUAUUGUCUUUACUAAAGCAUCUGUUUAGGAGUUGUUCAAAUCACUGCAGUAGGGCUCUACAAAUAAAAAUGUAACCUAACAGCUUGUAUCUAAUGUACUGUAUUUUUAUCAGUGAUAGGUGAAAUCUGGAAUAGCAAGUGCAAAAAUGGAACAAUUACCUAUAAUGCUUUGUAAAAAGUUUUUUCCAGUAGAAUUCAUUCUUGUCAUUUUGUAAGACAACCCUACAAUCCACUUGUUUGUAACUUUUUUAAUAAAAUAGAUAGCUGUAUUACCAAA